CGAGAGAAUACUUUUCGUUUGGGUAGUCAAUGACGCGUUCUUCUUCUUGCUGACAAUCAGUGUACUUAUUGAAAGGUGUUCUGGACGACUAACAGUCAAAGAAACAGUAAGCUGAAGAAGGCUUACUUUACGCCCGCACAAACAAAAGAUAUUCACUUGUAGCCCGUAAAUAACAAUAAGAAUAAGCGAGAUCAAUAUUGUGAUUGAAUUGAAUACAACCGCGAUCUGCAUCUUGACUUUGAAUUAUCGUUGCAGGUGUUGACAAGUCUCCUCGUUGGAGAUUAUCUUGGUCUCGGUUUCAGUAGGGCCUAUAUUUCUCUACUCGCUCGAAGAUUUGCCAGGUCAUGAAAGAAGUUCGGCGUAGGGCGACCGAGCUAUCUAAAUGCGCCACUGGCCCUCCCUACCAUCCUGAACGCGACCGCGUGAACCGGUGCCAAACGCACGCAUGCUGCGGUCUUUUUCCCUUUCCCUCCUUCCGUUUUACUCCAUAAUCCGUCAGUAAGUCGCGGACCGUCGACACGAAUGCUUCGAGAAGUUUGCGUGUAAUUUUGUGAAACGUAACAGGAUCUCGCGCUGCAGCAAAGAAACACAGACACUGUGCACGUACGCUCGCUUUAAGAAUCGUCGCGACGAAGCGCGCGUUUUCCGCACCAAAGUUCAUUCGUAUCGUUUUGCAAGAAUGAACGAGUGACCAAGCGCACUAGUUUCUUCGUCGUUCGUACGACCGACCGCGACGCAUUAUCUGCGAACAGCCGUGAGAUGCAACAAGGCCUAGUGAUCGGAUUCCACGUGAUUACUUUCCUGCAGUACGCUUUCGCGGUUUAUUAUGAUUACACGUUCACGAUAGUGCCGCAAAAUGUCACGAAGGUGCACGGCGCCUUCGGUGGAAAAUUCAAGUUUCUGACGUUCUGGGACGCGAUUCUACAAGCGGUGUUCUUUCUGAUAUGCGUCCUAAACGACUGCUUCGGCACAAACGCCGUCAACCCCAAGAAGCCACCCUUCAUACGAAAGCUGAAGGAUUACUUCCACGUGAGCCUCGGGUUUCCUAUCGCUAUGUUCGUCGGCGUGAUCUUCUGGGGAUUGAUGUUUAUCGACCGUGAACUGGUAUUACCGAAGGUAUUGGAUCCGUACUUUCCACGGUGGUUGAACCAUCUAAUGCACACAAUGAUUAUAGUAACGACCGUAUUGGAAAUGAUCGUCGCACCACGACAAUAUCCCAAGCGGUCCCGUAAUCUCGGGAUACUCACGGGCUUCAUGCUCAUGUAUUUAGUUUGGAUACACGUGAUCUACUUCAAGAGCGGCAUCUGGGUAUACCCAGUGAUGGAAGUGCUGACGCUGCCGCUGCGGAUAGUGUUCAUCGCGAUGCUGCUGGUCGUUUGCAUGGUCCUGUACUUUGUCGGCGAGGCGCUGGACAACUAUCUCUGGGGAAAAAAAUGUGUAGCGGUAACGGAGAGCGUGGAUCCAGAUUUGAAAACGUAG